AUGAGUGUGUCCGGCUCAAGUGUGGAGGAGGGAGAAGGAGAAGGAGAUGUGUUUGAGUGGGAUGAGACAGGAGGACUGGCCGAGACAGAUCCACUGCUGGCGUCGGAAUCUUCCCACGGCCCGCCAACGCCGACAGAAGAUCGUCGCCUCCGUCUGAACAUCAGCGGGAUGAUCUUCGAAACCUGGGAGAGCACUCUGAACAGAUACCCCAACACCCUCCUCGGGGACCAUGCACGCAGGGAAAAGUUUUACUGUCCGGACGGAGACGAAUAUUUCUUCGACCGUCACCGCCCCAGUUUCGAAGGCAUUUUCCGUUUCUACCAGAGGGGACAUAAAGCUACAGCAGACUACGAGAAUAAGAUGGAGCGCCCCCCGAACGUCCCGGUGGAGAUUUUCUACGCAGAGAUGAAGUUUUUCGACAUCGAUGAAGCCAUUAUCAAACAGUGCCUUGAGGAUGAGUGGUACAGCUUGGAGGAAGAUCCUUACGCUGAUCUACCUACCAUAGAACCACAACGAUCCAUCUGGCUACUCUUUGAUUACCCAGAGAGUUCGGUAGCCGCUAAAGCCAUCGCUGUGAUUUCUGUGAGUAUCAUAUUUGUCUCCAUAGCGGUGUUCUGUGUGGGAACUAUUCCUGGAUUUGACGCUAACCCUCUAGAUUCUGCAAUCUCCUCAAACAACACCAUACUGGACACGCUGAACCGUGCAUAUGAAGACCAACUCUUCUGUGUGGAGACCGUCUGCAUCAUCUGGUUCUGCUUCGAACUGAUCAUUCGAUUCUACGCAAGUCCCAACAAAUGCAGCUUCAUAAAAGACGUCAUGAACAUAUUUGACAUUGUUGCCAUCGUUCCCUUCUUUGUUGACUUCUUUAUGAUAGUUGGUGGUUUUCAGCUUCAGAAAGGUUCCACUGCCUCCGUCUUCGUACGUGUGCUUCGACUCUUUCGCAUCUUUCGGAUCCUCAAACUCUCACGGCAUGUAAAGGGCUGCAGGUACUUGGGAGGUCUCUUAUUGAAAGCGUUGGAUCUUUCAUUCUUCUAAUUUUUCUUCCUUUGUGUCGCAAUGACCCUGUUUGGAAGCAUUUUAUACUUCGCCGAACCAAAUGACACCAACGGCUGGAACAGCAUUCCGGGCACAUUUUGGUAUAUCAUAGUCACUAUGACAACAGUAGGUUACGGCGAUGUCUAUCCGACAAGUUUAGCUGGGAAGCUUAUAGGGGGAGUGACAGUUGUCUGCGGCAUUAUGACACUUUCCC